AUGCUUCAAUCAGAGUCAAGGAUCAAACACGAAUAUGUUCCUACCAUUUUACCACUUUCCCCAGAAUUUCGACCACAGGCAGCAAAAUCUACCAAAAAGGUUCUUUUUUCUACACCUUCAGUGGAUUCUACUGUGGCAUGCGUAUGUGGUGUGAUGAAACACAAUGGACAAGAGUUGUUAAAUACAACGUGUUAUAUUCCACUGACGCAACUUAUAUCUGCCAUGUUUGCUAAUUACGGUCCACAACUUUACAUGACUGCUGCUAAAGACCGUGGUGCACAAGAUAUAGCACUUGAAAAAUGGAGUGAACCAAACUGUGCAAAUCUACCUCGUAGAAGACAUAUCUCGUAUACCGUAACCUCCAAACAACUGCUUUUUGGAUCAACACAUGUUCGUGUAAUUGAACGGCAAACAAUUGUGCAAAGUAAUCCAGACUUUAUGGUUAAACACAACAGAGGAUGUGUUUUUGAAUCGGAAUUACAAAAUCUAGAUACACCAUAUGGCUCGAUUGUUUCAACUUAUCAACGAAUAUGCUUGUCUAGGAUCAAGGCUAAUCAAACCCACAUUCAGAUUCAUGCUCGUGUGAAUUUUUCCAGAUUUAUUCUGCUUCAAGACACCAUUCGAACAGUAUCCAUGACGUCGCUCAAAGAAUUCACAAGUGUUUUCAAUAGAUUGGUUGUCAACUAUACAGAAAGGCAUCAGACCAAACACAUAUUUUACUCGGUUGGAGGGUUUGCUUCCCUGUCUGAGCCUUCUCCAAAGAUUGAGCCUUUACCCUAUUCAGAAGCUUUUGAUCUGGCAGAUAUAAAUACAGAGAAUCAGCGUCAUCGUCCACAUGGACCACGAUCUGGCGUUAUCCUAAAUCCGUCGCGAUGCACCAGUCCAACUGACCGCACUCAAACCCCGCUUGGAAUGCAGAUGCCUACAUCACCAAAAAGUAUGUCUCCGCUAAGUCGCUUUGUAUCUGAUCGUCAAUCUAGCAAAUUAAAUUCAUUUGCUACUUUGAAGAACCAAGAGGAGCGAGCCAUCAAUUUUCCAUCCAGCGAUGCUCGGAAUUCGCGGCAAAGUAAGCAAAAUCCAGUGACCCCAGCUACAAACUAUCAGUCACCACAACCAUCCAUUACUUCUGUAUCAUGUAAAAGUGACUCUCUAAACACAGCAUUAUCCGCCCAACACAACUUGGCAGAGUCAGUUGGCGCAUCUGAAGCUAGUAGCUCGCGUGAAUUGGCAGUUUGGGACGGAUCCAACUGGAUCAAAACUGUUUGUACAGACGUAGCUAGCUCACCUCAAGAUCUACCACCUCGUUUCAUUACCAAAGUUCUAAGUACAGGGGAAGGUCCGCCUCGUCUUGUUCGAUUCCGUCUAUUCACAAACGCAACCCACGCUUCCAAUCACAAUUGCAUUUCCUGCUCACAUCAUACGUUGGUGAAUCAAGCUCAUAUUUCUAUGCAAACCCAGGAAUCAUCCAACGCAGUAAGCGAAUGGGUAAACUCGUUACCAAUUCCUGGAGAUUGGUAUUACCAUGAUGAUACUUGCAUGUAUUACUCGACCUGCUGUAAAGGAUUCGUCACAUCGCACGAAGUGUAUCAUAUUAUUUUGACUGAAUCUGUGAAACAGCUACUUAUCCCAGUAAUUAUUCGGACCAUUGGAGUUAGUGGUGUACUGAAUAUCAUUUGGGGAUGCUUGGUAUUGAUAUUCUCUGGAACAGUGACAAUUGCAGAGUUUAUUGGUGGAAUACCGAAUUUCUUGAAGCUUAAUUGA